CCCUCGCUGCCGAGCAAACCAGCCGGCUCCCUGCGGUCGCGAGGAUGGGGGUUGCGGUCGCGCUGGGCUUCGGGGCCGCACGGCUCUUCUUUUACCCGUCGCUGCUCUACACCCUGGUGCGGGAGCGGCUGCCCGGCUCCCAGCGGCCCUGGUUCCACCGCAUCGACCGGGCCGUGCUGCUGGGGGCGCUGCCGCUGCGGGCACGGAGCCGCAGGCUGGUGGAGGAGGAGAACGUGCGCGGGGUGCUCACCCUGAACGAGGAGUACGAGACCCGCUUCCUCUGCUGCUCUGCCCAGGAGUGGGAGGCAAUGGGAGUAGAGCAGCUGCGUCUCAGCACCGUGGACCUGACUGGAGUUCCCACAUUGGAAAACCUGCAGAGAGGUGUUGCAUUUGUACUGAAGCAUCGGGAGUAUGGGAACAGUGUCUAUGUGCACUGCAAGGCAGGACGCUCCCGCAGUGCCACCAUGGUGGCAGCAUACUUAAUUCAGCUGUACCAGUGGAGCCCUCAGGAAGCAAUAGAAGCCAUUGCCAGGGUCCGUCCUCACAUCCUUGUUCGCCCCAGGCAGGUCCAGGUACUGGAAAGAUUUCACAGGAAUGUGAUUGCUGAGGCAGCUGCAGAGAGUCAUCAAGAGCUACCAGAAACCAUUCAUCAGCUCCCCACAACAAGCACAAGUUCUUAGUGAACUAAUAAGGAAUGGACUGCUGCACAACCAAUAAAGAACUUUUCAGGCGCACAACA